CACUGCAAGGGAGCACAAGACAAGCUCAGAGCCUCAGAAUCACAAGGGCUAGCUCAAGGAAGAUACAUACAUAUAUAUCAUGGAGAGAAGCUGUAAGCAAUGGCAGGAGCAGCUAGCGGCACUUGCGCUCACGUUCCUCCUCUUUGCGCCUGCGUUUUUGGUGCCGUGCACGGCCACCGAGGCCGACGGCGACAAGGACGGGUUGGCGUCGCCUGGGAAGACGAUGCCGCCUGGGUGGACAGGCGACUCGGGGUCGGACCAGGGGUCCAGCCCUGAGGGGUCGUGGAAGUACGAGUGGGGCUGGGCUGCUGGGCCUGGUGUAAAGAUCUCCGGUUUCGGGUACGGUUACGGAGGCAGCGGUGAUGCAGGUAGCGGCGGCGGCGGAGGUGGUGGUGGUGAUAGUGGCACUGGCGGAUACGGUGGCCUUCCCGGUAACUAUGGUGGCAAUGAUGCUGGGGGCUAUAAUGGCGAAGCCGGUGGAGAAGGAGCGUUCGGCGACGGAGAUGGUGCCGCUGGCGGGAACAGGCGUGGCCUAUUCCGCGGCGGAAUGGCAGAGAAGAAGGUGGACGGUGGCAGCAAAAACUGAAGCCGCCCGUCGCCGCCUCUUAGCCAUGCAGACGCGGUUAGUCAUGGCAUGCAUAAAUAAUAGUAUUGCUAAUAAGGGUAAAGUAGUCUAUGAAAUAAAAGAUGUGCCAGUAAUAUCUGCACUGUGUGUAUACAUCGAUAUAGUGCUGAAACUGAAUACUCUCAAAACCUCGAUCAGCAGGUAGACAAGUUCCCGUGCAGGGCUGUAUAUGUAUGUAUGAUGUUCUUGACAGCGCCUGUGUCUUUCCCAUGGCCGAUGCCAAUAGCCAAAUAUAAAAGCGGGCUUUGCUGAA